AUGGCUACGCCAGUAAAUGUCGAAGAACGCCACACAGAUGAUCUUGUACAAUUAAACAGUACUUUGAGUACUACUGCUCAUGCGGUAUGUUCGUGGGAGCCGAAGUUUAAAGGAUCUACAAGCAAGUAUGUUGGUUAUGUCGAGUCAGUUGAAGCAGCCAUGGCUGUGAUAAAGCAAUAUGAGAUAGAAACCACGACAAAGUUUUCCUGUUUUAAAUCUGACAAGAUGUUUGGGGCUGGAGGUGAGUCUAUUAUGCAUGCAAACAUGGGAAAAAUAUACAUUUAGAUUGGGGGGCAUAGGCGAACGAACAGGAGGGGGGGGGGAGGCGGCAGCCCCCAGUCGUAAUUUUUUUCGGACAAAAUUACCCUGCGAACAGAGUCUCUUCGAUCUUCUUACCCGACUAAUCUAGGAAGAUCGACUCUGCUCGCUGGGUAGGACAAAAUGCCCAUGAUUCCAGCAAAAGCACAUGGAGAAAACAAACAAAAAAUCCCAUUAAUUAAUAAAAUGGGUUUCAAGAAUUCAAAUUUGGAUUCUGGAAUUGUGACACUAGUUUCGUGAGACACGAUAAUUUUAAACAGUUAGUUUCUUUUUUAAUUUAGGUCAAGGUUGUAACGAUAUCGAUGUUAUCGUUCUAUUUACUUCCGGUCCGCAUUUACGUCAUAACUACCAUGGCAACAAAACUUUAGAGACCAUGCUUUCCGGUUUUGUAGAGUUCGUCGGACAUCGAUUAAAUAGACUUGUGUUACUUCACCUGUGUGUCACAUGGUGUCAGGAGUGGGAUUCUUCCUACAGAAUCGUCGCUGAAAUACUUGAGUGCAUUUUCAAGCCAAACUCAGUGAAUCUAGCUCCAGAUGACCGAAUCAGGCUCGUCGAGCGUAGCGUCAACAAGCACGCAGCCAGCAACUCCUCAAUUUAUCCAGUCCUCUAUUCCUUUACCGUCGAAACUAGACUUCAAGGGGAACUUAGCUGUGAAUUGGAAGAAAUUUAAGCGGCUGUGGACAAACUACGAGAUCGCCUCACGGCUCAGUACGCAAAGCAGUAAUCUUCGAACAGCCACAUUGUUGACAUGUAUUGGCCCAGAUAUCCUGGAGAUUUACGAUGGUUUGCCCUUCGGAAAUGAAGAGGAGAAAACCGACAUCGACAAAGUGAUAGAGCUUCUAGACGCCUUUUUUCAUCGGUGAGACGAAUGAAAUAUACGAAGCCUAUCUGUUCAAUCAGAGAGUACAGGAGGUCGGUGAGUCAUUUGAUGUUUUCCUUACAGCUUUACGUUCGUUAGCUAAAACGUGCAAUUUUGGCAUCAUGCAAGAGCGAAUGAUUAGAGACAGAGUUGUCGUAGGAAUUAGAGAUAACGCCACCCGAAAAAAAAGCUGCUAGCUGAGAACAAACUAACUCUUAAUAAGUGUAUUGAUAUUUGCCGUGCAGUGAAACCACAUCCAAACAACUUAAGGAGAUGUCCCAUGCGGAGGAGGUUAGCGCCGUUGCCACAGGCCACCCAAAAUCGAAGAUUGGUUUACGCCAUAAUGAAGUACGAAAUUUCAGUAAAGUUCAACGCCCCGUCCACAACAAAGUAACAGAACCAGUUAGAUGUAAGUUCUGCCACAGAACCCAUCCUUUAAAAAAGGAACUCUGUCCAGCAUGGCAGCACAAGUGUGAUAACUGUGGUCGAAUGAACCACUUCUCAGUGGCUUGCAGAAGUCAGAAAGCUAAAAAAAAGCAAACUAAGAAGUCAGUUCACAAUGUAGAACAAGAUGUUCAGGAGUUUAAUGACGAAGAUUCUGAUGAUUACUUAUUCAGUGUAGAAUCUGUGAGCGUCCUUUAUGCAAAAACAGUCCAAAGAAGAUUUAUGCUAACAUGCGCUUGAGGGAUGAAACAGUGAAAUUCCAGUUAGACUGUGGAGCAACAGUCAAUAUCCUCCCAGCAGAUAUUUAUCAGCAGGUAUUUAACGAUCCGCGAAUGGAACGCCUUCAGCCUACUCAAACUACCCUCGUCAUGUUCAACAAAUCAGAGCUGAAACCUCUAGGAUGUACUAAGGUCGAGACCUUCAACCCCAAGAAUGGACAGUGUUUCCUCACGGAAUACACCGUCGUUCCAACAGGUCACACAGCACUCCUUGGUGCUGAAUCGGUGCAGCAGUUUGGCCUCAUAGUGAUUAACACCGAUAACAUCAUGUCUCUCUCUAAUGAGAUUCCCACACAGCCGGAUCUCGUGAGCAAAUUCGGAGAUGUCUUCUCAGGAGAAGGAAAGCUCAAAGGAAAGCUUCACCUCGAGAUUGAUAAGUCUGUAACCCCUGUGGCACUGCCAGUGAGGAAAGUCCCCUUUGCAGUAAAAAAGCCUUUAAAACAGGAACUAGAACGCUUAGUUAAGAUAGGCAUCUUGCAACCAGUAGAUGUUUCAACAGAUUGGAUUUCCUCAAUGGUGGUCAUUAAGAAGAGCAAUGGAAAGAUAAGGUUAUGUAUUGACCCAAAACCUCUGAAUAAAGCACUCAGGAGAAAUCAUUUUCCCCUUCCAGUGAUCGACGAUCUACUACCACUCCUUACAAAUGCUAAAGUCUUCAGUGUCGUCGACGCAAAGAACGGGUUUUGGCAUGUGCAGCUAGACGAUGAAAGCAGUCUUCUGACCACAUUUGGUACCCCUGGGAAGGUUCCGCUGGACGCGGAUGCCCUUCGGCAUAUCACCCGCUCCGGAAGAGUUUCAGAGGAGAUUGGAAUACGCCCUGGAAGGUCUUGAUGGAAUUAAGCCAAUAUUUGAUGAUAUCCUUGUUUUUGGUGUCGGAGAAACAGAAACAGAAGCACUUUCUGAUCAUGAUGCAAAGCUGACAGCAUUGUUAGAACGCUGCCGCGCUACUGGCAUUAAGUUAAACAAAGAGAAGCUUAAGCUCCGUCGCAAAGAAGUGAAGUUUAUGGGACAUGUUAUAUGUCAAGAUGGUCUUAAGCCUGACCCAGACAAGGUACAAGGUAUCAAAGAGAUGCCAACCCCGACAAGCAAACAAGAUCUCAAGAGACUUCUCGGCAUGGUAAAUUACCUCCAGAAGUUUGCUCCUAACCUGUCAGAAGUUACAUCCCCAAUGAGAGACCUUUUGAAAGAAGGGAACCAGUUCCGUUGGGAUGAGCAAGUACAAGGUUGUAGUUUCAAGCGAGUUAAGGAGAUACUCUCAGCUGCCCCUGUCCUCAAGUAUUUUAACCCCAAAGACGACGUGGAAUUGCAGUGUGAUGCAUCAGACCGAGGACUUGGUGCAUGUCUAAUGCAAGGAGGCCAGCCCGUGGCUUAUGUAUCUCGUUCCAUGACAGAAACGGAAGUGAACUAUGCCCAGAUAGAGAAAGAGAUGCUUGCAAUACUUUUCGGAGUAGAACGUUUUGAGCAGUUUGUAUAUGGUCGACCUGUCAAGAUCCAAACUGACCACAAACCCUUGGAGAGCAUCUUCCGUAAAAGUCUACCCAGUGCGCCUAAACGUCUCCAGCGAAUGUUGCUAAGAUUGCAGAAGUUUGACCUUCAAGUGUCUUACAAAAAGGGACUGAAAUGUAUCUGGCAGAUACACUGAGCAGAGCAUACAGAGUGCGCAAGAGCACAAAAAGAAGAUGUAGCAGAAGAUGUUAUGUACAUAGAGGACAUGAGAGGAGACACUGAAAGAGAGCUAGAGCACAUCAAUAUGAUACAAUACUUGCCAGUAUCGGAACCAACGCUGAUUGCCAUUCAGCAAGCAACAGAAUCCGAUCCUACCCUGAGAGAGCUGAAGAGAACAAUCAGGCAAGGUUGGCCAGCUACCAAAGCUGGGGUAUCAGCAAACAUCAGUGGUUACUUUACAUUUCGGGACGAACUGUCUUUACAGAAUGGACUGGUGUUCAAAGGUGAAAGACUAGUUAUCCCUAUGAGCGUGAAAGCUGACAUGUUGGCUAAGAUCCACCGGAGCCACAUCGGCAUCCAAGGCUGUCUCAGAAGAGCAAGAGAAGUAGUCUACUGGCAUGGGAUGAACAAAGAUGUCGAAGAUUAUGUAGCAAAGUGUGCCGUCUGCAACAGCCAGCCUGUCGAGCAAGGAAAAGAGCCAAUGAUUUGUCACGAACUGCCUAGUAGACCCUGGGAGAAAAUCGCAGUUGAUCUUUUUGAUCUGAACGGUGUAGAUUUCAUGGUGACCGUUGACUACUAUUCAAGCUUCUUUGAAGUCGACAGAAUGACAAGCAAGACAGCAGACGAAGUUGUGAAGAAGUUGAAAGCCCAUCUUGCCCGCCAUGGAAUUCCCGACCAGCUUGUAUCGGAUAAUGGACAGCCCUUUUCUUCCGCAAAGUUCCAACAGUUCGCAGACACUUAUGGUUUUGAACAUAUAACAAGCUCUCCAACAUAUCCUCAGUCCAACGGCAAAGUCGAGAACACGGUGAAGACAGCAAAACAUCUGCUAGAGAAAGCCGUCAAGUCCGAACAAGACCCAUAUCUUGCCCUGCUGGACUGGAGAAAUACUCCCACAGAAACACUCAACUCGUCACCUGUUCAGCGAUUAUUCGGUAGAAGAACAAAGACUCCACUCCCAACCUCAAACCAAUUGCUCAAGCCGAAGCUACCAGAGGAGGUUGAUCAGAAGUUGAAGCUACAAAAGGCUAAACAAUCCCUGUACUACAAUCAAGGCGCCAAAGAACUGAAGGAACUGCGCCCAGGAGACACAGUGCGAUUGCAGCCACUAAAAUCCCACUUGGGAAAGAAGAAGGAUUGGACCCAAGCAAGAGUCGAAGGCAAAGUCGACAUAAGGUCCUAUCAAGUCAGAACAGAAGAUGGAAGAAUUUAUAGGAGGAACCGCAGACACCUGAGACAUACACGUGAAGUGAUGCCACACAGUGAAGAUGGGAUGAGAUUAUCCCAAAAAGCAACACCAAUUUCUGCUACUGCAAAUUCUGGUAAUGAAAUACCAUCGGUACCACCUUCCAUACCAAGUACUGCAGUCAGUAAGGACCAAUCAGACACAGUACCUUUGCAGAACACGGACAAGCCACAUCCGGAAUAUCCACCUCAGUCUGCAGCAGAUAAGCAGGAGAUUUCCCCAUCGGUGACCACCACUCGAUCUGGACGAAUUGUGCGACCACCCACACGUUACCAGUGAUUGGGGUUAUCGAAAGAACACAAAAAAGGACAUGACAAACUCUUAAUUUUCUUUUUUUUUCUGUAGUUUAUUUUAAACUAGGAUUGAGACACUCAGUUACGUUUACAUUUUUUUUGUUUCCUGAAGAAAGGGAGAUGUAACGAUAUCGAUGUUAUCGUUCUAUUUACUUCCGGUCCGCAUUUACGUCAUAACUACCAUGGCAACAAAACUUUAGAGACCAUGCUUUCCGGUUUUGUAGAGUUCGUCGGACAUCGAUUAAAUAGACUUGUGUUACUUCACCUGUGUGUGUCUUGUUCUUCCUAUAAACAACGCCACAAAGGUCACCACCUUCCCAAGUCCGAGAGGUGCGCCCAUACGCCUAUGGGUGUGUGUGUGUAGGGGGGGGGGGAGGUUACUCCCAUAGUGGACUAUGAAUGUUGAGAGGCUGUGCAUGAAAGGGUUACCUUUUUCAGGUCAAAAGUAGUAGAUGAAAAGAUAAGGGUUUGGACCACUGGACAGAUCCCCCCCUAUAUAAAAAAUUAUUGAGUAGAACCCCCCCUCCCUCUCACUGGGAUGUCCAGUAAUAUCUGUCUAAAAAUUACAACUAAGGUUAGCUGAUGUUUGUAUUGUCAUAUAGGCUUAUUGACUUUAUUAAGAACGAAUUUCACCUGAUCUGAAAAAAAAUGUGUAGGUUCUUGCUGGAUUCAACUGUAGCUUACGUGCUUGGGUUAAGCAGGUGAGGGCUAUGGAUUAAUAUUAGAUAAAGGUGAAGCAGGUAAAAAAAAGAAACAAAUUGUGUCAUUUAAUCUUUGAAAUAAAGAACAGAAAUGCUUGAUAAAAUGACCAGUGCAUUAAAUAAAAUACAAACAAAAAUUCCUUCUUUGGAUGUUGUCACAGAUCCCUUUGCCAAGCCAAAAAAAGUUUAUUUUAAAGAUGACAAAAUCCCAUUUGAUGGAGUGCCCUUCAGUAUCAUUGGCUCAAAGGUGUUUGACUGCCAACAUGGUCCAGACAGAAAAAAGGCAUUCAAAGCAAGACAAGCCAAUGAGAAGGUAUGUUUUUGACAAAUUAAAAUUCCAAAAAAAAUCUAUUUCUUCCCCAUCUAAGUAACCUUUUGUUUUUGUUUGUUUCUUUUCUUACAUUAUAAUUAUUAUUUCUUCUUAACUACAGGCUGGCGAUCACUCCUUCAAAAAGAAGAGAUUUUUACCUCAAGACACCAUGAAAUUCGGGUGCACAGCAAGUAUUCGUCUAUCAGAAGUUAUUACAUAUCCAAGUUACAAGGUACUUCAGUCUGUAAACAAUGAGAUGAUGAUGAUGAUGAUGAUGAUGAAGAUGAUGAUGAUGAUGAUGAUUAUUAUUAUUAUUACUAUAACUAUUGCUGUGUGCUAUUGAUAGCGAUGUUUUCAACAUAUUUUUAAGUAUAGUAACCUCAAUACUCAUAAUUUAUUAUUAGUCUGUACUAAAUUACAAGUAAAAGUUUUGUUAACAAUAACUCUUUACAAGUAGAUCAGGGAUGACACAGAGAGACUUCGACGGGACAUGUCCAAAAAGCUAAAGACUGAUACCAACAGUGGACAAAAACCUCCAUAUGAACGUAGAAUCUAUAUCUACCUACCAAAGGAGGAUGAACACAAAGACCAUAUCACUGGCGAGGUUUGUUAA